AUGCUCUUCAGAUCCUUCCUCUGCCUCACCCUCGUGGCGGCUACUGCUGCUACCACAUGCUACAUCUCUGAGAAGAAGGCCACCAACGGCGGAUGCCCCGAGACGACUUUCAAGUACGGAAGCUGCGCGUCGAAAGCUGUGGCUGAUGCUGGCGUCGACGCCUUGAUCGCUGCACACAAGCUCGUAGCACCGGCUGACAAUGCAGCUUGCAAGGCUAAGAUCGACGCACAGUGCGCUGGCGUUGUAAGUCAGAGAGAAGCUGGCUUGCUUGCCUACAGCCUAGUGACUUGUUUCAUGAUCGCAGAAGGCAAAGGGAUCCGACUGCGCCGCGUACUGUCCGUUGCUUACCACAGUGACUGGAUGCAUGACUGA